AUGGAAGAAGAAAAUGGCAAACUUCAUAUUGUGAUGGUGCCAUGGUUGGCCAUGGGCCAUCUCCUUCCUUUCUUCGAGCUCUCCAAAUCCCUCGCUCUUAAAGGCAUUGGUGGAGAGUGGUUAACGCGGUCGAAGUGGAGAGGAAUGAUGAAGAUUCUGGAGAGGAAUUGCGAGGAAGUUGAGAUUCUGAUGGUGGAGGAAGAAGGAGAGGAGUUAUCUCAAAAAUCCGGCAGCCUUCCGGCGUCCCCUCCCCGAUGCCGGGAGGUAAGUGAUGGCUCGACUCGGCCGGAGCGAAUCAAUGGCGAGGAGAUUUGGGAGAGCGAUCGAGUCCAUGGGUGUCUGCGCUCCCUCGACCGGAUUAACUCGACGGCCAAGGGCUUCGGGGGACCGGAUCAACCCCGGGACUUCCUUCAAAUCUUCAUACCUCAAAUACCGACGGGUUAUACGGAGUAUACGAGAAUACCAAGAAGUUUUGCUAAUUCCGAGUUUUUUCUGGGAAAAACUCGGUACAACUUUGGUAUAACUCGCACGGCUGCAAAAGCAUUUUUAGACCGUUUCAGGAUACAUGAUUCGCCGGAAAAGAUUCCAACUGCAUCAGAUCUUAUCCCUUUCCCAAAACGAACAUUUAAGGAGUUUGAAGCCAAAUGGAUCGAUUGCUUGGCGAAAAUUGUUAUCCCUGUGGGAUUCCUCACUUCAUCUAUUGACGAGGAGGAGAGUGAGACAAUGGAUGAGAAUAUACCGAAUGGCUUGAUAAGGCAAAAGGAACAAUCUGUGAUCUAUGUUGGUUUCGGAGCUGAGGCAAUUUCUUACUAG